ACCAAACUCCUUGAGUCAACUGCUCAGCUCUGAAGCCACACGGCACGCCCCUUCCUUUCUAACGAAAAUGGCAGCACUUCUUCCUGUGCUGCUCGCCCACCUGCUCCUCCUCUGCGCCCAUGGCGCCACGGCCUCAGCGGCCGCGACGCCGCCGCCCCUACCGAUCCUGCCGGUCCCGUCCUACGCGCAGCUCCGGUGGCAGCUCUCGGAGAUGGCGCUCUUCCUCCACUUCGGGCCCAACACCUUCACGGACUCCGAGUGGGGCAGCGGCCACGCCGACCCCUCCGUAUUCGCCCCCUCGGCGCUCGACGCGGGCCAGUGGGCGCGCGUCGCGGCACGGGGCGGGUUCGGCCGCCUCGUGCUCACGGCCAAGCACCACGACGGCUUCUGCCUCUGGCCGUCCGCGCUGACCAAUUACUCGGUGGCCGCCUCGCCGUGGCGGGCCGGCGCCGGGGACGUCGUCGCCGAGCUCGCCGCCGCUACGCGCGCCGAGGGGAUCGGGAUGGGGCUGUACCUCUCGCCGUGGGACCGCCACGAGCCGGUGUACGGGGACACCAUCGCGUACAAUGAGCACUACAUGGGCCAGAUGACGGAACUGCUUACCAGGUAUGGAGAUGUUGAGGAAGUUUGGCUGGAUGGUGCAAAGGGUGACGCAAAGAAGAUGAAUUACAUGUUUAAUGCCUGGUUUGCACUUAUACAUCAGCUACAACAAAGGGUAGUUAUCUUCUCAGAUGCUGGGCCAGACACUAGAUGGGUUGGAGAUGAGGCUGGGGUUGCAGGUUAUACUUGCUGGUCUCCCUUUAACAAGAGCUCCGUGACAAUUGGGCACACCAUUGACGAGUAAGUAAUACAAUGACUGGUUACUUUUUUGUGUGAUGUUAUUUCUAAGAUUAGCAUCACGCAAGCUAUACUAUCAACCUCUGUCGAGAUUCUAGCAUGGAUGAGAUCCCUAGCUAAAAGCUGUACUAGGAAUUUCAAAAUAAUUUUAUCUCAUUUGUGGAUUUUGGAUUUCUUUGCAUAUUUGUGAAUUGGUAUUAAGAAGGAUAAAUAGGGCCUAUAUGAUGCUCCUAUUCACUAGGAGAUGAUCUUUAUGUGUUUAGAAGACAUGGCAUUUUAGUUUGACACAGUGAAUAUUUCAGUUAUAACAGCAUAUUUAUUUGGAGUGGGACAGCUUUUCAGUUUUUUUUUUAUAACAAGCUGUUGCUUUGAACCCACUCCAAAGGUAAACUACAAUAUUACAUUUUGGAUGGGAUCAGACCUCUAACCUUCACUUUGAAGCAUGGUUACAAUUCUGUCUUCUCCGAUUGCAAAUGAUGACUUUUUCGAGCAAGUAUCCUUGCAGAAGUAGGUAAUCACAAUAUUAUGUGUAAAUAAAAUUGUAGUAUUCUUCUAUUUGAAGGAAGGAUGAUGCUUAUGGCCAUCAUUACUUUAUAGUGUGCACUUUUAUAGAGCAGUAUUUAGAGAUGGCUGUGUGUCAGAAACUUUCUACUCCAAUGUCUGUACCAAAUUAUAGGCCGUUUUGGCUUCUCUAAAUGCAUAAUUUUUACUAUGUAUCUAGACAUAGCAUAUAUCCAGGUGCAUCACAAAACCUAUGUAAUUAAAAAAAAGGCAAAAUGACUUAUAAUUUGGGAUGGAAGAAGUAUAAUUGUAUGGAUUAAUUUAGUCGUAGAAUAUUGGUCCUCAUUGAAACUUUACUUAAAACCCUUCAUUAGUAUAGUUCGGUAUAGCAAAAUUGGGCUUGACAACCUGUAUUAAUGUGCAUAUUUCUAGAAUUGAUACCAUUGACAUCUCAUACAAUAACUCAGAAACUUCACAGUAUUCUACAUUUGCUCAUGAUUGAUGAAAGCGAAGGUCAUCUGUUAAUAUCUCUCCAGAGAUAUCCGAUAAAACUGAAACGAUUCGGAGAUGGUUUGUUAUUAAUGAGCGUCCUGCUGUUUAUUCAGUAGACUUACUAAAAAAUGCUAACUGCGUUGCCAGAUACCAACGCAGUGGGGAUCCUUUUGGGCAAGACUGGGUUCCUGCAGAAUGUGAUGUCUCCAUCAGGCCAGGUUGGUUCUGGCAUGCCUCAGAGAAACCAAAAAAUGCAACAAGUCUGCUUGACAUAUACUACAAAUCAGUUGGUAGAAAUUGUCUCCUCAUUUUGAAUGUCCCUCCCAAUUCAUCUGGCCUCAUUUCCGAUGAAGACAUGCAAGUCCUUCAGGAAUUCACCGAGAUUCGGCAUAAAAUUUUCUCUCAGAACUUUGCUGCCAAUGCCACUGUCACAGCAAACAGUGUUCGUGGUGGGCAGGAUAAUCUGCAGUUUGCACCCUCCAAUGUGCUCGAAAACAGCAUAUACUCCUAUUGGGCUCCACAGGAAGGGCAAUCCAGUUGGGAAAUGUUCUUCGACCUUGGGAAAUCUACUUCCUUCAAUGUGCUCCAGCUCCAGGAGCCUAUACAGCUGGGACAGCGUGUUAUCAAGUUUCAUGUGGAUAUCCUCAUAGAUGAACUGUGGCAAACAAUUGUUGCAGCCACGACAAUUGGGUACAAGCGGCUGCUGAAAUUCCCAGUUACUGAAUCUCAAUACCUGAAGCUAUGUAUCAUUAGUGCACGCGCAGAUCCACUGAUCUCAUUCUUCGGUGUCUUCAUGGAUUCUUUUUCAGACAGUUAUAACUUAGAGAGUCACUACAAGCGAACAAAUAGCAGUGAAGUUAUAAUGCUGACGACAGGCGAUGCAGCUGGCAACAGGAGUACUGCCACCAUGUAGUUGCCGGGUGUACUGCUGCCAUGUAAAAAUCCCCGGUCCAUUCACCAUGCUAGAAUCACUUGCAUGUUGAUUUGUUCUUUAUAAUUCUAUAUGUUCAUUGGACUGAAGAAGGCCAUUUAAUAGUGAGCAAUGUGUACAUAUCUCUACUUCUCUAGUUUGCCUUCCCAAAGCAACUUGGAAUAAGAGCUCCACUUUCUCCAACCAUACAUGGUUUUAUUCCCCCAAACUGGUUGUUGUAAACUGUGAUUGAAACAUGUGAUCAGAAACUUCUUCUGCACCAGUUUCUGUUUGAAUGAUGCUAGCCGGAACCAGGUACUCCAAUGACAUGAAUGAUGCUACCAGGAACCAGGACCUGAGCAGCAACGCGGCGGAGGGAGGUGAGGCGCGGGUCAGCCGAGACGAGCGACGGUCGGGCGGAGGGAGGCAGCGUGGCCGGCGUGCGCCCAGUGCCGCGCAGGUAAGCAGGCAAGGAGGAGGACGCGAUGAAUAGAAAAAUAGAUAGAUAGAUGAACCUUCUUGUAAGGCGUAACUGGUCCUUUACGUAUCCUUGGGCUGAAGGCGGAAAAGGAAACGCUAUGAGCCUGUGGCCCCCCACCCGUGCUCCACCUGCAGCCUGCAGGCACCGCGGUCGAGCACUCUGCCGCCGCCGCCGCCCCUCGCCGCACUCUGCCGGCGACCAUGUCGGACCAGGCGCCACCUUACGCGCCUCUCCCCCUCGUCUCCUCCCUUCCCGCAGAUCCUAACUCCACCCCGACGCCGAACCCCACCCUUGUCCUCCCCAAUCCUGCCUUCCCCAACAAGCGCAAGCGCACCGGAUUCCGCCGCAAGGUCCCCUCUGGGUCCCCGGCCGCCCCCGCGGCCUCUCCCGCGGCGCCCUCCCAGCCGCCACCCCCUGCUUCCGCUGCCGACGACAUCAUAGUGAUCAACCGGGAGCCUACCGCGGAGGCCGUCACCGCGCUCACCGCGGGCUUCCCGGCGGACUCUCUCACCGACGAGGAGAUCGAGGCUGGCGUGGUCUCCGACGUGGGCGGCAUCGAGCAGGUCAACUACAUCCUCAUCCGCAACCACCUCCUCUGCCGGUGGCGCGAGACCUACAACUCCUGGCUCGCCAAGGAGCCCUUCGCGACGCUCAUCCCUCCCCAUUGCGAGCACCUCCUGAACGCCGCCUACUCCUUCCUUGUGUCCCACAGCUACGUUAACUUCGGUGUCGCGCCGGCCAUCAAGGAGCGCAUCCCCAAGGAGCCCACGAGGCCUACCACCAUCGUCGUCAUUGGAGCAGGCCUUGCCGGGCUCGCCGCGGCACGGCAGCUUGUGGCGUUCGGGUUUAAGGUUAUAGUCUUGGAGGGCCGCAAGCGCUGCGGUGGCCGUGUGUACACGAAGAAGAUGGAAGGCAGUGGGCGUUCAGCUGCUGGUGAUCUUGGGGGCAGCGUGCUUACCGGGACGUUUGGCAACCCACUGGGAAUUGUGGCGAAGCAGCUCGGCUUGCCAAUGCACAAGAUUAGGGACAAGUGCCCACUCUACCGUCCGGAUGGAUCACCAGUCGACCCGGAGGUGGAUAAGAAAGUAGAGAUUACAUUUAACAAGCUUCUUGAUAAGUCAAGCAACCUGCGGUCAUCCAUGGGGGAGGUGGCAGUAGAUGUUUCGCUCGGGGCUGCUCUUGAGACAUUACGCCAGACAGACGGAGGCAUAUCCACACAGGAGGAGAAGAACUUGUUCAAUUGGCAUCUAGCAAAUCUCGAGUAUGCCAAUGCGGGAUUGUUGUCGAAGUUGAGCCUUGCGUUCUGGGACCAGGAUGAUCCCUAUGACAUGGGUGGGGAUCACUGCUUCUUGCCUGGUGGCAAUGGGAGACUUGUGCAAGCCCUGGCAGAGAAUGUGCCGAUUGUUUACGAGAGGACGGUGCACACUGUACGAUAUGGAGGGGAUGGGGUGCAGGUGGUUGUCAAUGGAGGGCAGGUGUAUGAAGGGGACAUGGCGCUGUGCACAGUUCCACUUGGGGUUCUGAAAAAUGGAGGCAUCAAGUUUGUACCUGAGUUGCCACAGAGGAAGCUUGAUAGUAUUAAGAGGCUUGGAUUCGGGUUAUUGAACAAGGUAGCCAUGCUGUUUCCGCAUGUUUUCUGGAGCACUGACCUUGAUACAUUUGGGCAUCUGGUUGAAGAUCCAAGGCGACGUGGGGAGUUCUUUCUGUUCUAUAGCUAUGCGACAGUGGCUAGUGGCCCAUUGUUGAUGGCCUUGGUUGCUGGUGAAGCUGCUCACAAUUUUGAAACCACACCGCCAACUGAUGCUGUCAGCUCAGUUCUUCAGAUACUACGAGGUAUCUAUGAACCACAAGGGAUUGAGGUUCCAGAUCCUCUACAGAGUGUUUGCACUAGAUGGGGCACUGACUCCUUCAGUCUAGGUUCAUAUUCUCAUGUUGCUGUCGGAGCAUCUGGAGAUGACUAUGACAUAUUAGCUGAAAGUGUUGGUGAUGGACGACUUUUCUUUGCUGGCGAGGCUACCACGAGACGUUACCCAGCAACAAUGCAUGGUGCUUUUAUCAGUGGUUUGCGGGAGGCUGCUAAUAUCACACUCCAUGCCAAUGCCCGAGUAGCGAAGACAAAAGUGGACAGAAGCUCGUCAACAAACACACAGGCUUGUGCUACUAUACUAACGGACUUGUUUAGGCAACCGGAUUUGGAGUUUGGGAGCUUCUCUGUUAUUUUCGGAGGAAAAGCUUCCAACCCAAAAUCCCCAGCUAUUCUAAAGGUGGAAUUAGGUGGCCAGCGAAAGAAGAAUGCAACUGAAGGUGCGAAGACAGAACAGAACCACUCAAACAAAUUGUUGUUCCAGCAGCUCCAGUCACAUUUUAACCAGCAACAACAACUUUAUGUUUACACAUUGCUAUCACGACAGCAAGCUAUGGAGUUAAGAGAAGUUAGAGGAGGUGAUGACAUGAGGUUGCAUUACCUCUGUGAAAAAAUGGGGGUGAAAUUAGUUGGCAGGAAAGGCCUCGGUCCUGGUGCCGAUGCAGUGAUUGCAUCCAUUAAGGCAGAACGUAACAGGAGUCGAGCUAAACCUGGCCCGUCAAAGCUGAAGAAAUCAAUGAAGCCUAAUGUUGUUGCGUCAUGAUCACUGACUGCUGAUUUCUUGUGGGGCCUGACUGCCAAUAGUUGAUAACUUGAUAUUUACCAGGCAACGAAUGUGUUCAUUUGGAUGGAGCAUCCGCUCCUGCUGAAUUUGUCUCAAGCCAACUUGCAUCGAAUAUUUGGCAAUUGCUUGAGGUUAAAGUAAUUUUGAACGAUACCUCUUAGAUUCCAGUGAUUUUCCAUUUUUUUUUUCAGAGAGGCUGUUGUGAUGUUGCAUCUGAAAUCUGCGGAUUCUGCAAAGCUUAUUUGUUGGUGGUGUAACCUCUAAUUGUUGAAGGAGCUUGUAUGUGGAUGUCCUUCUGUAAUCUCAAAUUGGAAGAGAAA